AUGAAAACUGUUCAAAUUUGGUACAUCGUCAUUUUAAUUUUUUGCACAGCAGGAUUAUCAUUGCAAUUAAAGCCAACCAGACGUAAACCUACAGUAAAAACUUCUGGUGGAAGUGGGCAUCCAGGACCCUCAGGGAAUCCCGGGCAUGCAGUGAAACCGGUGCAUCCACCGAACCCCGGGAAUCCAGCGAAACCAGUGCACCCGCCGAACCCGGGGCAUCCAGGAAAACCAGUGCAUCCACCAGGCCAAUCAGGGCAUCAAUCUACAUGCGCGAAAAAGGAAAAAUGCACGAUCGACGUUAGAUACAUGAAACCCGAGCACGCCCUCAUCGUCGAUCCAUCGGACCACAACAAACUCGUUUAUCCGGCGCGGAAUGGAAAAAUCGUCAUCGAUCAAGGACAUCAGAUUUAUCUGGUAUGCUCUGGAGCCCAGAACAAAUUUGUAAAACUCACUGGGCAGUACCACAAGUUUACCUGCGAGUGCGGAUCUACGUUCAAGUCUACUGCGCCGAACGUAGAGUACGAUUUUGAAGAUUUAACGUGCUCGAGUAUUCCCGAAGCUACAUUCAAACCAAAGGGUUCGAAAUCAAUUCCAACUGCAGCGGGGCAAGUAACCAUCGAUCGAUUCGACGUCGGUUUCAAAACUGAUGCUAGUAACGGCUUCGUUACUGUUUUGGAAUCUCAUCAUAAUUCAAAGGCACAAUUGACCAGUUAUGUAAAGAGUCACGUACCUAGAUCCAUCAACGUGGUUCAGCGAUUCGAUUGGAGUGCCUAUUUCGAAACUCAUCCAGGACGUUUCGUGCAGGAGCCUCACAAGCACCAUCGAGUCUCUUUGCACAAGAUGUACUACGCCGAGGACCAACAAGCAUCUUUCGGAAAACAAUUUCCGCAAAAAAAUAAAGAAAACAAAGAGAAGGGACUGCUGCUGGAUCGAGGACACUUGGCACCGAGGCGCGACAUGAUUUACGUACCAGAAGGACUCGCUACUUAUACAUACAUCAACACGAUUCCACAGUGGAAUUUGAUCAAUCAACAUAAUUGGGAGAUAAUGGAGAGCUACGUUCGAAAUAUGGCGACGACUUUACACAAAGACUUGACCGUAAUAACUGGUUCGUACAAACGAUUGCAUUACCCCGAUGAGAAAACCCCCAAAAUACCGAAGAACGUUUACUUGUAUUACGACGAUCACGGCCCGCAAUUGCCGGUUCCAAGAGACACGUACAAGAUCGUCAUCGAUCCAGACACCAAAAAAGGUCUCGUUUUUGUAACUUCGAACGAUCCUUACUUGGCCAAGACGGACAUAACUCCUCAAUAUCGACUCUGCACCGAAACCUUGAAAUUGGACGAUUUGGCGUUCAAAACGAUAAUCAAACACGGCUACAGCUACGCGUGCUCGGUUAAAGCAUUUUUAGAUAAAACUGGACUGCGUUAUCUGUUCGGAGAAGAAGUGCUCAGUGUGAAUGGAAAUUUGAAUGAAGCACACAUAGUAAAACCUAGUUAGAUUUCCGAUUUUAUGGCAGUUUUUUUUUAUUAAUUAUUAGUAAUAAAUUAUUUAUAAGCAACGUAAAGAAAUUCCAUCUCACGCCGUAAUAUAAAACAGUAUCUUUCAAAAAGUAAUAAUAGCGCUGAUCAUUGAUCCAUGUUAUAACCUUUCAUAAAUAUUGUCCAUAAAUAAUGUUCCAAACAUGAGUAAUUUCUCUUUUCUAGUGCUAUUCUUUAAGAGAAAGUGCUUUAGCGAAUUUUUUAUCCAGUGAAUCCAGAGCAUUGCUAUUUUGUUUCUGAUUUUCGUAUUCAAUGCAAUAAUUUUUCAAUUCCUUUAAAGUAGUUCCAUAACUUUUAUUAUAUUCUGUCAAAAUGUUUUGACGAA